AGCAUUUUCGCGUGUUGUAACCUAAUCCAAUCUUACCCAUCGAUGGAAUAACAUCACCACGCGUCAAAAUCUGUGUCCGAGGAGGACCGAGAGAUCUCCAUCUCCUGUCCAGAUUCGAUUCCCACCAAUCCCAAAUUCGUGAAAUUCUCUAGGGUUUUAGAUUGAAUCUCAUCAGAUCGAGUGGACCCAGGAAGAAGAAAGCGAUGAAGAUGGCGACGAAUGGCCGGUUUUUCACAAUCGGGCUAGUGACGUCAUGGUACUCAUCGAACAUUGGAGUAUUGUUGCUGAACAAGUACUUGCUUAGCAAUUACGGAUUCAAGUACCCGAUCUUUCUCACCAUGUGUCACAUGACGGCUUGUUCGUUACUCAGCUACGUCGCCAUUGCUUGGUUGAAGAUGGUUCCGAUGCAGACGAUUCGAUCCCGAGUUCAGUUCUUUAAGAUCUCAGCUCUAAGUCUCGUUUUUUGUGUGUCGGUGGUCUUUGGUAACAUCUCUCUUCGCUUUCUUCCUGUUUCGUUUAACCAAGCCAUUGGUGCUACGACGCCGUUUUUCACCGCCGUGUUUGCUUAUCUGAUGACGCUUAAGAAAGAGGCUUGGUUGACUUACUUCACUCUCGUCCCUGUCGUCACCGGAGUUGUUAUCGCCAGUGGGGGUGAGCCAAGCUUUCACCUGUUUGGAUUCCUUAUGUGCAUUGCAGCCACAGCUGCGAGAGCACUUAAAUCCGUGCUUCAAGGAAUUUUGCUUUCUUCUGAAGGGGAAAAGCUGAACUCUAUGAAUCUCCUCCUUUACAUGGCUCCUAUAGCUGUCGUGUUCCUUCUGCCUGCUACUCUUAUCAUGGAGAAAAAUGUUGUCGGCAUUACAAUUGCACUUGCAAGAGAUGAUUUCAGAAUCGUUUGGUAUCUUCUAUUCAAUUCAGCGCUCGCCUAUUUCGUCAACUUGACAAAUUUCUUAGUCACGAAACACACUAGCGCCCUGACUCUGCAGGUGCUAGGAAACGCCAAAGGAGCAGUAGCAGUGGUGGUCUCUAUUCUAAUCUUCAAGAAUCCGGUCUCAGUGACCGGAAUGCUGGGUUACUCCCUCACCGUCUGUGGAGUUAUCCUCUACAGCGAAGCCAAGAAACGAAGCAAAUGAGAACACCGAACAUACACAAAGCUUCUUCUUCUUCUUCGUCAUUCCUCCCUAUAUAUAUAUGUUUUAUAUUUUCUCCCUUAUGGAUACACAGGCAAGUAGUCUCUUUUGCUGUUACCAAAAUCUUACACAGCAUAACUGACUCUUGUCUUAAUGAAAAGCUGGGCCAAAA